AUGAAGAGACAGAACCACAGCACGAUCACUGAGUUCAUCCUGAUAGGCUUCUCCAACCUGGGGGACCUGCAGAUCCUGCUUUUCUUUAUCUUCUUAAUAGUCUACCUGAGCACUCUGAUGGCCAAUGCCACCAUCAUGACCGUCAUUCUCCUGGACAGGACUUUGCACACGGCCAUGUAUUUCUUCCUCUUUCUCCUUUCUUGCUCUGAAACCUGCUAUACCUUGGUCAUUGUACCUAAAAUGCUAAGCAACCUGUUGGCCACCGUUCCCAGUAUUUCCUUCUUGGGCUGUGCGGCCCAGCUCUAUUUCUUUGUGGGCUUAGCUUGCACCAACUGUUUCCUCAUUGCCGUGAUGGGCUACGACCGUUACGUCGCCAUCUGCAACCCUCUCAACUACACCCUCAUCGUGAGCCGGGCCACCUGCGUGCAGCUGGUCCUGGCCUCCAGCCUUUGUAGUUUCCUGAUCUCAGUGGUCGUCAACCUCCUGGUGUUCAGCGUGCCCUUCUGUGCCUCCAAUCGGAUCGACCACUUCUUCUGUGACAUCUUCCCCGUCCUAAAACUGGGCUGCACAGACACCAACCUGAAGGAGAUGGCGAUCUUCUUCCUCAGCAUCCUGGUGCUGCUGGUCCCCUUCGUCUUGAUCUUCGUCUCCUACGUCUUCAUCGUCUCCACCAUCCUCAGGAUCUCCUCGGUGGAGGGGCAGCGCAAAGCCUUCGCCACCUGCGCCUCUCACCUCAUCGUGGUGGUCAUCCACUACGGCUGUGCAUCCUUUAUCUACCUGAGGCCCACCUCCCUGUACUCCUCAGACAAGGACUUGCUUGUGGCAGUGACUUAUACCGUCAUCACCCCACUGCUCAACCCUGUCGUCUACACACUGAGAAAUAAGGAAGUGAAGACAGCCCUGAGAAAGGUUCUGAGCAGAUACUCAUUUCCCAAAGCUGUGUGA